AGCUGUCAUCGGCCCUCUGAACACAUCUGCCUCUCUCUAUCAACCCUCCCUUCCUCUGUCUGUCGGCGUGUGUGUGUGUGUGUGUGUGUGUAUGGGUGUGUGUGCGUGUUCACCCCGAGUGUGUUGUGUUUCUGCAGAACUCGGCGUUGGAGGUGUUUGAAUCAGAGCAGACGGACUGGGAUGCAGGCACCGCCGAGACCGACGCUCCCUCUCCCGGACUGACAGGCCAAUCGCAAGCCACCGUUCGCCCUGCCUCUGAAUCCCUCUCUCUCUCUCUCUCUCCCUCAUCCUGUCUCUCUUUCUCUCUCUCUCUUCAGUUUCAUUCCUUAGCGCUCUGCUCGUGUAUCCCCUCCUCCUCUUCUUCCUCCUCCUCCUCCUCCUCACACCUUUUGGUCAGAAGAGGAAGAGGAAGCCCAGCCCAGGGAGAGACGCUGAGAGGAUGAAACUCUGACACGCCGGCAGACCACAGGGAAACAAGAGCACAACUAUAAUUGCUUGGAAAGAAUCACCCAGGAAGGUCAGCCAAGACUCCUGCUGUAGGUGCCAAAGUGAGAUCUCCAGGACUACAAUUACUCUGGCUGCAGAGCAAAGUGAAUGACAGCGACCCUGCUCACCCAGGACUCGGACCUCUGCAGUGACAACUGAUUUCCAACUCCUAGAUCCUCCCAACAGGUUGUAUCUGACGGAGGAACCGGUGCCGCGCUCCCAUCCUCGCGCUCCUCCAACAACAACAACACUGUUCUUCAGCACCUUUGGCAGCAGCAGCGAGUCGCGUGACCCCGCUCCAGGCCGACCGGCUUCACCUGUACAUGGAGACCCCCAGCUGGGCAGGAAACACGUUGUGUAAGUCAGGAAGCAUUGCCGUCUUCGGGAACGUGGUGUACAGCGGACUGCUGAACGAUCACCUCUGGCAUUUGGGAGUGCCCCUCUUUACGAGACUGGGUAACCAAGAGGCCACCAACCCUCCUGACGCGAUGGCCCAGCCCUACACCCCCGCCCAGUACCCGCCUCCCCCACAGAAUGGCAUCCCUGCAGAGUUUGCGGCGCCGCACCCGCUCCCGACGCAGGACUACACCGGGCAGAGCCGGGUGCCCGAGCACGCCAUGACCCUGUACACGCCCACACAGACGCACAGCGAGCCGGCCGGCACUGACAACAGCACGCCCGCCAUCACCGCCACCACGACCGCACCGGUCAGUGCCCUUCAUCACCUGCAAACACUGUUCUCAACACGCUGUCAGCAAACAGAUGACGUGACGCAAACAGAGGGUUCUCAGCAGCUCCAGCUCCAGCACUCAGACUCUUCAGAGAAGCAGCAGCCAAAAAGGUUACAUGUCUCCAACAUUCCCUUCCGCUUCCGGGACCCAGAUUUGAGGCAAAUGUUCGGGCAAUUUGGAAAGAUUUUAGAUGUGGAGAUUAUCUUUAAUGAGCGAGGAUCCAAGGGCUUUGGGUUUGUAACUUUUGAAACAAGCACAGACGCCGAUCGUGCGCGAGAGAAACUAAACGGUACAAUCGUAGAGGGACGCAAAAUCGAGGUGAACAAUGCAACCGCACGAGUGAUGACAAACAAAAAGGUGGCCAACCCUUACACAAACGGCUGGAAGCUGAACCCGGUAGUAGGAGCCGUGUACGGUCCUGAACUGUAUGCUGUAACAGGGUUUCCCUACCCUGCCACAGGCGCUACGGUGGCCUACAGGGGUGCCCACUUGCGGGGACGGGGACGAGCCGUGUACAACACGUUCCGCACAGCUCCGCCUCCGCCACCCAUCCCUGCUUACGGAGCGGUGGUGUACCAAGAUGGCUUCUACGGCGCAGAGAUCUAUGGCGGCUAUGCAGCAUACAGAUUUGCCCAACCCACCACCACCGCUGCUUACAGUGACAGCUAUGGCAGAGUCUAUGCAACAGCAGACCCCUACCACCACACGAUUGGCCCUGCUGCCACAUACAGUGUGGGGACCAUGUAAAUACAAAACGAAGAGCUGUACUCAGUAUUGAUGGACAUCACAGAUGAAAACAACGAAGAGAGGAGAACUAGCUUUAAGAAAAUAACACAAGAAGAAGAAGACGAGAAGGAGUCCCUCUACUGAGGCUGGCGAGGGAAGACGGGAGGCGUACAAAGUGGCGCCGCGGCAGUGGUGUCAAACCAGCCACAAACUUGACAGAUGGAGUGAGCCAGUUUCCACCAGGGACCACCUUUUUGCCGGGUAGAAAAAAAAAAAGACAGAGAGAGAAGGAAGUGUCCCGUUAUUAUAAAACAUUUUAUUUUUCUAUACUUUUGUGAUUUACAAUGGUAAAAAAAACAAAAAACGUGUGUAUAAAGCAGUAUAUAUGUACAAAUCUGUUUUUAUGUUUUUUGGUAAGGGAGAUGAACAGUUGGCCCUUGAUGCUGAUUCUGUGGUAUGCAGGAAGGAGGAGGGAGGACGACCUCCCCCGCCCCCCGCCUCCUCUCUCUAUGGCACACUGCUCUGUCACCGAGGUCGUGUAAAAAAAAAAACAACUAAAAACAAGAAACGAAAGAAAAGAAACAAAAGGUGGCAGGGAGAGCUCGGCAUCCAGGCAGAAGCACUUUCUACGCUGUACUUCCUGUGGGCGGAGUCUCGUGGCUCCGCCCUGUUCCUUCCUUCCUUUCUUCCUUUUUGGGCCGACGAAGAUGACGCCGCCACUUCCUCCUUGUCGUGGCGUCGUCGGCCCGCAGCGCCUACUGUUAGCAGCGUCCCCCGUGGAUACUGUCGUGAUGUCACUUCCUUUUUGGCAGCACCAUUGGGCAUCCCCGCCCUCCCCAAUGGGCAGAGUCACUGGUUUACAGCUUUGGGGAGUGGGGGGGGUGAGCCACGGCGGGACGGUGACACGGUACACAGCCGAGCCUCCCCGUCUGCCCCUCUCCACGCCCCAGCAGAGGUCACUGACUUAAGGACUACUGAGAGAAAAAUGGCGCCAAAGCCGCUGACUUUAUCCACCUGCCAGACUCCGAGCCCAAGCCUUUGUGUCACUCUGCACCGACGGAUGAACUGUCAGACCAACACGAAAACAAGGUGCGUACAACUACCAAGGAUGCACGUUCCCAUCCGACGAGAAUAACUCAUCACCAUCCAUGUAACAAAUUGAAUUAUAAUCGAGUAAUCCCAUUGUACUACAUCAGCAGGUGCAUAACCAAAACACAAGCCUGAGGCAUAUAGACUGUGUCGCUAGAUAAAACAUUAUAGAAAUACAGUAGUGCCCAUCCAACAGUAUCAAGGAACGAGGGCUGAAAUAUGUGAUUUCUUUCGUCAAUGUAUUCUGAGAAUAUUUGUUUUGUUUUUUUCAGCACUCAAAACUUUUGAACAGAAAAAAAAGUUUUAAUUUUGUGAAAGCAGAACCUUAAUUCUUUAUAUCAGGAGAGUCACUGUAAACGUGUUUAAUCAAGAAUGUCGGUUCAGUUUUUGAAUGUAUUUUAAUGUCUAGGGUGUCCGAUGAGUAUGUAUUCUUUUUUCUGUAUAUAAAUAUAUAUACAUAUCUAUUAUAUGGGCUGUGGUGAUGUCAGGGAAUAGAGGGGGUGGCAGGAAAUCCUCCGGCCCCCCGAGCAUAGUUAUCAGAACCCCCUCCAACUAAAUAUGUCCCUGAUAUUUACUGUAACAUGUGAUCAUGUGCUAUAUGACUGAAAGUGUGACGGUGAUAGUGUGAACUGAUCUCCCCUGAGUCCCACCCGUACCACCAACACACGCACUGUGCAGAUUCUCGCAGACCAACAGCACACGCUGGAUUCCCGCCAUCGUCAGAGCAAAGCGUCACAUCCCGCCUCCUCACCGACCCGCCGGCCCUUCCGAGACAACGGUUUACAUCUGCAGUUACUCUGACCCCUCACUGGAGCUGCAAAGACUUCCUAAUUAGCGCAAGGUGUAGUAAAAAGUUUAUGAAUAUUGAUUUCUCUUUCUUACUUGAACCAAAGUAUGAUUUGAAGGCGCAGGCUCAGUGCUCUUUGAUCAGGAGACAGCGGGACUCUGGGAUGACGGCGGAGCCUGGAUGCGUAUCGACGUGACCCAGAUUUCAUUCAGUCACGGCUGCAGAGGAAGCGCUCGCUCUUCAGCCGCUUUAACGAGCUGCGCUGAAGGAGGCCAGCUCGCAGCUUCCUGUGGCGGCCUUGGUUUACGAAGCACCGGUCUCACGCUGACCCCGGUGGGCGAGCGGCCGCUUGGUUUUACUGCAUAUUGGAUAUAACCUGCUGGCCCUGAGGAGAAACUUUUUACUUUUUUUUUUAAAUCAGAGGUGAGCAGGUUUGGGUGAAGCACAACUUAGUUUGAGAGUUCAGGGUAUGCUACUUGGUUAGUGGUGGUUUAUGAAGAGGGAAAGAAAAGAUUAAGCUUCUGACUUCCUGUACAAAACUACACAGUGUACUGUUAAUAUUCUGUACAGUAAAUCUCACCUCACACUUCUUGAUUAACUUCAUCUUCUUUCAGGUUAAAAAUAACAACAACAAAAAAGACUUGUUCUGAAUCAGGGCUCCUACCCACACGACCUCUGCUCAUCUGUAGACAGCCUCCCAUAUAUUACAGAGUAUCUAUAUCAUGGCAACUAACUGUUGUGAAGUCUAAUUGGGGUAAAGUCGGUCAUUUGUUUUCCCAUACAGCUUUCAUCUGCAGAUUUAGCAUCUUCAUACCUGUUGGUUUGUUUCUGAGAGUCAACUGAUUGUUCUGGCCUACUUUCAGCUCCGCAGACUGGAGGUGGGUCAGGAAACUCAGGAGCAGGUUGGAGUUUUAGUUUGCCGGGAACUUCCAGGGAGCCAGAGAUAAAGAGCCACAGUUCGUUUCUUCCUCCUUUUCGUCACAUAGUUGGAGUUCGUCCACUGAAUUAUCUAUGCAUACUGCAACAAAAACACUUGAUGUCAUGUGUGAUGGGCACAUUUUCUGAGAGAACACUGUUGUGUACUUAUUCUAGUUAGCUACUAGCAGAUCAAAUCUGAUGGGAUGACACUGGUAUUAUUACGUGUUUUAGUUUUGUCAACAAAUCUUGAGAAAAAGUGAAAAAAAUGUGUGUGUCUCAGUAUCUCUGACUUAGUUAUACUGUUUUUACAAACAAAACAAAAAAACCUAAACAAAAACGUGUAGUUUUUAGCAAAUGUUACUCAAAUAGUAAGUGAGCUCAAGUGCAUUUCCUUGGGGACUAUUUUCAGCAGCGGAUGAAUUCACAAAAGGUGCUGUUGUGAGUAUUUGUGGCAGCAGAUGUGGACAUUUCACUUCCUGCAGCAGCGUUGGUGUGUUUUUCUUUAGGGGGAACCAUGAAGCUCUGUGUAUCUGUUUGGGUUUGACCUUUUUAAACCGUGUUUUUAUUUAUUUUGUUUCAAAUCAAAGAACGUAGCAUUACUUUGGAACAGUGAUGCAAAAAAAAAAAAAGCAUGUCAGAGAUCAAGCUGCCUCUUCUUUAGUUUAUGCAAACCAAAAAAAAAAGUUUGAGGUCUGAGAAUAGCAACAUUUGCAGUAACUUGUGCAAAACAAAUGAACCGAUCUUGAUUUGUUUCUCGUAUUAACUGUUGUAGACGUAGGAAUAGAAAGUAGGGGCUGUGUGCAAUGUUGCCGUUCUGCGUAUUCUCCUGAUGUUUACCUACUGCUCAUUCUGAUCCACAGUUCACAGCGAAGACAAAGACAAAACACCGAACCAAUGACACUCCUACCACAGCACUCGUUUCAGACGUAUAUGCAGCUUUGCAGCUAACUUUAAAGUGCAGGUUUUGUAAAAAAUAAAAAAGCAAAUAAAACUCCUUUUAGAGUUGUGAUGGAGAGUCCCAUCCUGCUUACAGGUUACUACAGCUCUUAAUGCAUGAAGGUAUUUUGUUAUAUUUUUUCCAUUUACCCGCUACGGCUCCCAUGAGCUGGUUGACAGUGUGUAGCUGCCACAGCUUCAUGCGAGCUGCAGUUGAAAACCAAGAAAAAAAAAAUGUAUAAAAGAUGAAUUUUAUUGCCUUAGAAUUUUUAUCCAGUUGAUAUCAGAAAUACUAAAUAGAUUUUAAAUGUUUUAAUGGAAGUAGUUAGAUGUUAGUGUUGGAGCAGCAGUGGUGAGGUAUCCAUCCUGUUUUUAACCUUUAGGGCCGUUUUGUUCCCGCUGUGGUUGUUUGUCUCUGCUCGCUGGCCAACGCAGUGAAAAACAAAAAAAGGCCGAGCUAAAACUCCAGCCUGCGCCGUAGCGUAGCGGUGGGAUGGAGCGAGGGGGGGUGGGCGUACGGCGACCCUCCCUUCCUUCCUUCCUUCAGAUGCCUUUAUGUUUUAAAAACUGGUCCUGAUCUUCCUGAGCACAACUGCUUGAGCUGUGACACUCGCAGGAUGCCCCUCGCUUACAUCGGACCCCGUAUAGCUACCCCCAUCCCCAGCCUUCCAGUAUGUGAGUCGACUGGCCCCUUUUGUAUUCCUGGUGUUCUGUACAUAAUAACCUUCACCCCAACUGGUCUCUUACUUCCUUCAGCUGUCCUUUCAGGGGGAAAAGAACAAAAAAAUACGUCAAAAAGAAAAAAAAAGACCAUCCUCUGACUCCCCAAAUCUUGUAUUUUGUUCUAAUGAUGACAAAAUUUAUUUAUAAGGGAUUUUUUAAAUUCUAUCUCUUUCUCCUUUUUGUAAAUGUUCCAGUUAAAUAAUGUUUAAAAAUGUUAAAAAUUAAAUGGAUAUAUUGAAAGGUUAAAAAAUGUCUCUAGAAGUCCCUGCCCCCUCCUCUGGCUCUGUACUCUGAACUUUGUGUUUUUGUUUUUUCUCUUUCUGUAUGCUUCUCUUUACGUGCUUCAGAUGAAGAGUUCUAUUUAUUAUGACAUUAACGUUAUUAUAAUUAUGACUAAUUAUUAAUAUUAUCAUCCUCAUCAUCCUCAUUAUUAUCAUUAAUAAACUUGUCUACUUCA